AUGUCGACUGGUGCGUCAGGGAGAGUCUCUGCACAACGACAAAGGCAAACUUUGAGCCACAAUGAUGAUGCCACGUUUCGGUCGUACAUCACGCCCACCAUUGGAAUCGACACGCGCAACGUUGUCCGCAACCUCCCCGAAGACAGAGAGCUGGUCGACUCUACCCGUGGUGUAGCCUUCACGCGGGAUACCGGCGCUCCAAAGCCGCACAUAUCCUCGCUCUAUAAAACAAUCACACCGCUUCCCCCGGAUCUCGUCGCCGCAGUCACCACUAAAUUUCCUCAUUCAACCCCGAAGUUCAUCGCUAGCAAGGCGCGCAAGCUAGAUUUCGAAAGAAGGAAGGAAGAGUAUCAUGCAUCCAAGGCCGAACAAGUUGCGAGUGCUGCGGGAGAUGACGCUUCUUCCGCGGAGUUACCAACUUCGUCCAUUCAGUCAACGCCAUCUCCUUUCUUCAAUCGUAUGUUGAAGUACAACCAUCUGCAAGCAACCGCAAUCGACAGACUAUGGUCCGAGGAGCCCACCUCCAUUCUGCAGCUAGCCAUGGAGAUGGGAGAGACAGUCGAGGGUGACUCCAAGAAGCCCUGGAAGACGUGGAAGCCCAAUUCAGACAAUCCAGCCGAGAAGCCGUGGCUCAUCUGGAACUCUGGCGCUCCGGGCGAGGCUGCGGGCUUGAGAGAUGAGCGUCCUCACAACGCUGCCUCGUUCUCCUUUGCGCUCAAGGAGAGUCAAGGCUGA